AUGGUCAAGCAACGGCUCAUUCAGGCACAAAAUGGCGCUAAAAUACAGCUAAAGUCUCCCGAGGUCCAGUGCAUUACAGCGGGCUCUCAGCGACGCCUCAGGGCUCCUGCAGCACAUCUCCACCACCGGCUACUGCAACCUUCGCCUGAGUGCUUGGCCUGCCACCCUUCCCCUCCAUUACGCAGCCCCUCCAUCGGCUGCUAG